AUGCGGAAUCCCGGCUGCCAGAAGACAAGGGACCUGCUGGAGGUUAGAGACACACAGCUGCGGGAAUACCAUGCAUCAAAGCGGGACCGUUUACACGUGAUGACUGGCACGAACACGGAGCUGGCUGGGGAGGUUCCCUCUCCGUUUCUCUCUGCGAGGAUCAAAGUCAGGAAGCAGCGAACGCAAAUCUCGGAGCUAACGGUUGGCGAUACAAAAAUCUCAGACUCAAAGGGGAUUCUGAAAGCAGCAACGAAUUACUUCACCGAUCUUUUUGGAGCGGACGGGCGAACGUCGUCGGAGAAGUGGAAGCCACUCCCCGGCAGGAAGCUGGACGCCGAUGCUGUGCACACACUGGAGACGGACUGGACGGAGGCAGAGGUGCAGCAGGCGUUUAAAGCUCUCUCAAAUGGGAAAUCUCCUGGGAAGGACGGUCUCUCGAAAGAGCUCUUUGUAAGGAAUUGGGACGUCCUCGGUGGUGAAUUCUUGCGAAUGGCGCAUACUUUCUCCGAGAAUGCGUCGCUCCCUGCAAGCAUCAAGGAAGCUGUCACUAUUUUCCUCCAUAAAAAAGGCGAUAAGGAUGAUCUGGACAAUUACCGUCCGAUCACACUCCUUAACUUCUCUUACAAGGUACUGGCGCGGGUGGUGGCGAACCGGAUGAAGCCGCUCCUACACAAGGUGAUCUCGGCGGAGCAGUACGGGUUCAUACUAGGGAGGAGAAUUUCGGAUGCCAUUGGAGUGGUGGCGGACGUCAUAGAAGCGGCGAAGAAAGGGAGUGAGGACUGGUACAUGCUGUUGUUGGACUUUCGCAAGGCCUUCGACUCGGUCUCGCGAAGUUUCCUCUUCUCGGUUCUUAGGGAGAUGGGCUUCCCGAGCAGAUUCGUCGGCUGGGUCGAGGGCCUGCACAAGGACACAACAACAAGGCUACUGAUUAAUGGCUGGCUGGGAGAAGCGGUGGCAGUCAACUCGGGGGUGAGGCAAGGGUGUCCGCUCGCCCCUUACCUUUUCCUCUGCGCGGUGGAACCCCUGGCUCAGAAAGCUAUGCGGCGGAAACUGGGGCUCUGCAAUAAGGCCAAUCAACGAUUAGUAUAUGUCGGAUACGCUGAUGACACAACCUUAUUUCUAGAGGGGAAGAGGCAAAUUGCUAAAGCGGAGAAGCUCCUGGAGUAUUUCGCUGGCUUGUCGGGGCUGAAGACGAACAAAGACAAGUCGGUCAUCCUGCCGAUUGGUCACAAUCUGGGGAGAAGGCCUGCAUAUCAGGCGUAA